CUCAAACUUGCAGGCGACUACUGCGAUGUCUACCUGACACACGACUCUAUGAGUGUGCGCAAGGCGCAUAACUCGGGUCGAAACCACUUGAGGAACGUGGUGGACUACUACCAACAAAUCGGCCAAGAAAAGGCUCAAUCCGUCAUCGAUUCCAUUACCUCCUCCUACGCCGCCGAGGGCCAACAGGCCCCUAACAUGAUGCCUCCAGGCGCUUUCCCUCCUCCCUUUGGCGGAUUCCCCGGCCGCCCCGGCAUGCCGCCCCCAUUCGGCAUCCCUCCGCCAGGUGCCCCCGGUGCCCCAGGCAUGCUACCUCUCCCAGGAGCCCACGGUCUUCCCUUCCCGCCACCUUUCCCCAACGCCUCCGGAACUCCUCCAACAGGCGGCUUCCCCCCGCCCCUCCCUAACAUGCCCCAAGGCAUGAUCCCUCCUCCAGGAGGCUUCCCCAACUUCCCUAUUCCUCCGCCUGGCGCGGGAUUCCCGCCCAUGCCUCAGCCUGGCAUGGCGCCUGGCGGCCCAUCGCCUAGCACUCCAACUGGUCCUCGCGGCUUGGAGGGGUAUCCUCCUCCUCCUGGGAAUGGACCUCCCCCUGGGAUGGAUCAACGGUGGUGA